AUGGAUAGCAAGUCAUCGGUCGGUAGCAAUUCAUUGGAAGAACAAAUUGCCACCAUGAGGAAAUCCCUCUUUGUUGAGGAAAUCCUUAAUGAGCAGUUCAAUGAAUGGGAGAUGCUGGAAGAUGACAACGAUCCAAACUUUGUUGAUACAGUUGCUAGUUCUUAUUUUAGUCAGACACCAACUGAUAUACAUGCUGUUGAACAAAUAUUGUACGCAAUCCCCGUCGAUCCUGCUAAAGUGGAAACAAUUCUUUUUAAAUUUAAAGGCGCGAGCUCCAGCUUUGGUGCUAAUAAGGUGACUAUUGAAAUCAAUAAAAUGAUUGAUUGUCUCAGGCGAGGCGACAUGGAAGGUUGUAAGGCUGGACUCCCGAUUCUAAAACAAGAAUUUGAUACUCUGAAGAAUAAACUGGGAGCAUAUUUGAAGUUGUUGCGACAAGACAAACCUAGCUCGUCAUCAACUGGCGCCAACUAUUGA